AUUUUCUUGUAGAAACACACUUUUAAGAGUGUCACAGGCGUAUGGGAAUCAGAAACGCUUAGACGUGGAGGCGAAGCGUUUUGAAAAUAACGCCGCUGCAUUGUGCAAGCACUCAGAACAGUGGCUGGCGAUCGCGGAAUCUCUCAACCAUGCACUUAAGGAGAUUGGCGACGUAGAGAAUUGGGCAAGAGCCAUCCAAAACGACAUGACAGUCAUCACGACUACGCUUCAACGACUAUAUCAGGGUAAACCUUGUUUUGGUCGUGGAAAAGUAGAUUUGAGCGAAAAGUCUGUUUUAUUAAAUGGCAGGUGUUCCUCUUGCCAUUUUUGA